AUGGAUUCUGAUGCUGCUCGCUACAACGAGGAAGCAUACCACACCAUCCACCCGCUUCCAAACUUCCACCUUGAGGCCGAACAACCCCUCAAACUCCGCCCCUUCAAGCCAAUCUACCACAUGACCAUGGCCCUCGAAUCCACCACCUUCUCCGACCUAAUUGCCAUGGAUAACACCUUUUCCUCCCGCUGUUCCAUCCGCAAGGGGUUGAUCCAGUCAAACCGCCACGACGUGCUAGCAUGUACUCCCCGCGGCGCGCCCGCCGUGCUAGAACUAUACCACUGGCUGACAUCAACAUACCUACCCCGUCGCUUUCCCUCCCUAUACACGCAGCAAAAGAACGGUUUGCACAACACCAUCACAGGAGAAACCAUGCCCUUCCACCUCCCCUCCACAGACGCCGAAUCCGCCCUGCAGUAUCUCGGCGAGAACAUCGACACCGAUUUCUUCCUCCUCCUACCCUCUCUGAACGCACAUGACGAGGGCAAAUACCGCCUCGAAGCCUUCAUAAACACCUUCCCCAGCGGCUUCAACACGCGCAGCAAACUCGGCCGGUUGCUGGCAGACAUCCACGCGCCCGUCCCGCACUACGCCGCCAAACUCGAGAAGAGCAUGGACCGCUUCUUCGCCUCCCUGCCUGUGGGCAAGAUGCUCAAGAGGGCGAAUUGGAGCAUAUCAACCAAUGGAGAGCUGUUUUGUCUCGCGGGGAAUCACUUGACUGAAGCGCAUCUCAAUCCCCCCAACAACACCCAUGAGCAAGACGCAGAAGAGAUUGAUCUCAAGAAAACGGUCCUCAGGUGUGAGAGACAGACGCUGCAUCGCUUACCACAGACGCGCUCUUGUUACCCGAUUCAGGAAGUAAAGGAUGAAGGGAGUGGCGAGAUACUUGCGCAGGCGAUUGAUGGCUUGGCCAGGGGCAGUGUGCCGGACAUCCGGAUCUACAAGAGACAAGUCGUGUGGGGCGAAAAGGUCAAGGCAUUCUUGCGUGGUGAAAUCAAUGCAUGA